AUGACUGUGGCCAGGCGGCUUUACUUGCAGGUGAGACAGACGGACAAAGAACUGAGUUCUGGGAAUUGGUACCCAGGCUACGAUGCGAAUAGCAACAACUGCUCCCUGAAGUCCACUCUAAUUAGGAGAUGUCAGGGGACAAAUAGGACCAGGGGUAGAGGCCUGAUCCAAGAACAGCAGCUGGCGCGAUCUAUCCUAGGCAACCCGGCUUAA